UCCCUGUCGAUGUACGGAGAUAUCAUGCUUGUUCAGCAAAACUUUGGACGGAAGCUCACGACAACACAUUGAACCGUACUGUCGCCAUCAUGCGCCGCGCACAGGGAUUGAGAGUAAAGUUGCCUACCAUCAAGCUACAAUCUGAAUACCGCUAACCGUGCAGGUCUCUUCGACUCGCGAGAUCUGCGUCUUCUGCGCCACUCGACAACUGGCAACCUCGAAUGCGCCGUCGGCACAACGGAGAUACCUAAACUCGUCAAGCAGAGCACUCGACGCCGAAGCACAAUUGUACAGAAAAGAAGAUGCACCUGCUCCACGACCGCUUACUCAGGCGGAGAGGAUGCGCAGGGCUUUGGCCGCAGCGGCGGCGCCUGCGCCUGCGCCCUCACAAUCUGCUCAAGGUGGCUUCAUAUCAACUGCGCAAAGAAUGAGAAAUUCGUUGGGAGGUCAAGACUCCAGAACACAAAGCCCAGCGCAACGGCAGCCAGCGCAGGACAGACGUACGCCGAACCGGAACGGCUUGUUUGAUGGACUGGGGCAGGGUCAGAGGGCUACGCCCGCUCGGAGGAUGGGCAACGAAGGACGGUUCGAGUCAAGACCACCGCAACGGGAUCGCUUCAGGGUGAACAUGGACGCAAGACCUCAGUUCGACACACCCGCGUUCGGCUCAGGACACCUGCGGCGGAGGAAUGAACCAAGCAACGAUAUUGCGCAAGAAGCCGAGGAGCAGCAGACACGGCAGCCCAUACGUGCGGCACCGAGCAGAGGCAAGCUAGAUCAGAGCGAACUCGAUGCACUGUUGGGGAACACCACGGGUCGGCCUUCGAGGCCUUUCCAACCCCUCGCAAGAAACUCGAACGCACAGCGGAAGUGCUUUAACUGCGGAUCGACAGAUCACCUGAGCUCUAAUUGCCCGAACAAGCCCACAUUCCGCGAGCGACCGAAUGUCCAAAGCUCUGCGCCUCGCGCGACUACCACGUACACACCACCGCAGCCCAGCCGAAUGACGGCAUGGAACCCACCAGGUGCUACGCAGGAAUCACUAGCAGAUGCUGCGAACGAAUGGGUGACUAAGAGGGGCUCGAGGCUGGAGGUCGAGCCUCAGAGCCACCAGGUUGAAGAAGAUUGGGACAACAAGCGCCGCGACGUCGAGAAGGAGCGCCGACGAAGACGUUUCGAGGUUGAUGACGAGGGCACUACAGAGGUGCGCAAUCGCUACGAAGAGCCUGAACGCCGUAAAGUCGGAGGUCGACAGAACAGACGUGUAAUGCGAAACGAUGAGGAGGACGAGCCCGAUGAUCGAUACGUCAGCAAGAAAGAGCAGAAGCGUCUGCGCAAGGAGGCGAAGAAGACAGCACAGUUGCAGAAAGCCGAGCCAACGCCUAUCACUCUGCCGGAGUACAUCAGUGUGGCCAACUUGGCUACAAUGUUGAGGUUGAGGGUGGAAGAUUUUGUCACGAAAUUAGAAGAGCUUGGUUUCGAGGACGUGCAGGCUACUCAAGUCCUCAACGCUGAGCACGCAGGUUUGAUUGCGCAGGAGUACAACUUUGAACCUACAUUCGAGGGCGAGCAUCAGGAUCGCGAUCUCUACGCUGCUCCUGAGACAACCCCUGAGGAGUAUGCCGAGCUGCCUGCCAGACCGCCCGUGGUUACCAUUAUGGGCCAUGUCGAUCACGGCAAGACCACGAUCCUCGACUACAUGCGCUCGACAAGCGUUGCAGCUGGCGAAUUCGGCGGCAUCACGCAGCACAUCGGUGCCUUCAGCGUGCCUCUGGCCAGCGGCAAGAAGAUCACCUUCCUCGACACACCCGGCCACUCAGCGUUCGAAACCAUGCGCGCUCGCGGUGCCAAUGUAACGGAUAUUGUGGUUUUAGUCGUGGCCGCGGACGAUUCAGUCAUGCCACAGACAGUGGAAGCCAUCAAGCAUGCUCAGGCAGCAAGGGUCCCAAUAAUUGUUGCAAUCAACAAGAUCGACAAGCAGCAGGCCGAUCCUGACGCUGUUAAGCUUGACCUCGGCCGCCACGGAAUCGAAGUCGAAGACUUUGGCGGAGAUGUCCAAGCCAUUCCCGUCAGUGGUAAGACCGGUCAGGGCAUCCCCGAUCUCGAAGAAGCCAUCUCCACACUUUCCGAGCUACUUGACCACCGCGCUGAUCCCCAAGCCAACGUCGAAGGCACUGUUCUCGAGGGCACAACAAAGAAGUCCGGCCGCGUAGCCACGGUACUGGUCCGCAGCGGCACCCUCCGCCAAGGCACAGCGCUCGUCGCAGGCACAACAUGGACGCGCGUCCGCAGUCUCCGCAACGAAGCCGGCGUCGUGGUCACGGAAGCUGGCCCCGGUAUUGCCGUCGAAGUAGACGGCUGGCGCGACCAGCCCAUCGCUGGCGACGAGGUCCUGCAAGCCGCCGACGAACAACAAGCAACCGCCGUGUCCACCCUGCGCACCGAGAAAAUCGAACGCCAGCAAAUGGCCAAGGACAUGGAGGCCAUCAAUAUCGCGCGCCGCGAAGAGUCUGAGCGCCGAGAAGCCGAAUCUGCAAAGGAAGCCGCUGAGUCCGGCGACGCUAUCCCAGAGACACAAGUCAAAGAGAAGGGGCCCGAGGUUGUGUCCUUGAUCAUCAAAGGCGACGUCUCGGGCUCCGUCGAAGCCGUCAUCGACUCGAUAUCCGGGCUCGGCAACGCAGAAGUCAGCACGCGCAUUCUGCGCCACGGCGUCGGUCCACCGUCCGAGUUCGACAUCCAGCAUGCCGCAGAUGCAGAGGGCCACAUUGUUAAUUUCAACACCGUGACCCCUGCGCACGUAGGCAAGCUCGCGGAGGAGAAGGGCGUCACGAUCUUCAACAGCAACAUCAUCUACCGCACAGUAGAGAUGGUGAGGGAUCUGCUGAGCGCGAAGCUGCCUCCCAGCAUCGUCCAGAAGGUAACCGGCGAGAUCGAGAUCGCAGCCAUCUUCGAGAUUGGACUCGGUGGCAAGAAGAAGAUGAAAGUCGCUGGAUCGAAGGUGCGCAACGGCAUUGUGGCACGUGGUAGCAAGGCGAGGGUUCUUCGCGGCGAUGCGAUUGUCCAUGAUGGCCUCAUCGAGAAUAUCAAGAAUCAGAAGAAAGAUGUCGAGUCUAUGCGCAAGGAUACUGAGUGCGGUAUCUCGUUCAAGGAUUGGGAGGACUUUGAGAUCGGGGAUAAGAUUCAGUGUUACGAGGAGACGCAGCAGAAGAGGACGUUGUAGGAUGCUUUGUAAACCGCACUUUCGCAUUUGGGUUGCAUUCAAUAGGUGUGAACAGGGGCGCGUGUAUUAUAGAAGCUAGACUAGACGUAUGUACGAGCAACGUGUAAUGCCUUGUCGAGAAAGCAGCGUUGAUGUGUAGGCACAGGCGGACUUCUGUUCUCGUUCGGCUUACCUAGCCCAAGACACUAUGAUGGGGUCCCGCUCUGCCUGCCGCUCGAAAUUAUUGGCACCUUCGGUUGACCGUGCAAUGCCCAUGACGAGCUUUGCCGAGAGCGGGGCCAUUGAGGUUAAAUUAAUCGGAG